GCUUGAUUAGGGAUUUAAAGGUCACCAAAUCGUAAAGUUUUUAGGAAGCGAAGCGUUGGUUUUGUGCCUCAGUUUGUUGUAGCCUCGACACAACGCACAGCCAGGAUCCCUACCAAAGCACCAGGAAAAUGCAAGUUGCCACGACAAGUCUCGUGUAUUUAUGCUGCGUCUUAAUCACCUUCAUCGCAGGUCAUGUGACUGAAGCAUGUCAGUGUUAUCUGAAGCCGUUUGGUGAGCCUGGUAGCCAAGCCUCGUGCAGUGAAGGCCAGGUCGCGUUCAAUGGGAAAAGCGAGCGUUGUACGUGUAGGAGGGGCGGGAUGACGGAUUGCUUUCGGAUCCGGAGGGACUUUACCUCCAUGCCAUGGAAGGAGAGGAUGCGGUUUAUCAACGCUUUGAUUAAAGUUUCUACACAGGACCCCUACAAAAGAUCUUACGACCAACUUAUUGCGACGCACACAAACAACUUCAAAAACGGAAUUCAUAAGGCGGAUCAGUUUCUUCCCUGGCAUCGCCUCUAUUUGCUGGAGAUCGAAAACCUUCUGCGGAGAGUCGACCCAGUCGUCACUCUACCCUACUGGGACUGGAGUCUGUUCUCUGGGUUACCAUGGAAACGAGGGUUUAAUGACGUCUUUUCUAGCGCCCCUUGGGGUUUCGGAGGUAAUGGCGGCCGGGGACAGUGUGUCGUGAACGGGCCUUUUCGUAGUAAUCGCUGGAAGACCACCCCAUCCAACAGACACGGGUGCUUAAAGAGAAGUUUUAACGGGAACCCACCAGAUGUAGUAGCAGUUCACGAGCUUAACCGUGUUCCUGGGAACGACUUCACCAAGUUCGAGAUGGUGUUGCGUGACACUCUUCAUAAUAACAUGCACUGCCGCAUCGGCGGGCGCGGUGGGACCAUGUGCUCAACCAGCUCGGCUAACGCCCCUGAGUUCCUAUUGCAUCAUGGAUUCACGGACAAGCUGUGGGCUGACUGGCAGAAGAUUGGUGACGUAAACGGGGACAGAAAGCAGCGUGACAGCUUCUUCGAGAGCAAAGGUUAUAGAAUGACAGCCAAAAAGUACUCCCCCCGGGAUCUCCUAGACUUGUCUAGGCAACCAGGAGGGGUAAAAGUAAUGUACGAACACCCGUCCCAUGAUCAUUACCAGAGGGUUCACGGCUAUUUGAAGACACUCUCCCUCAAGGAGUUGAAGGAUAUUCCGCGGAAAAGAUUCACUGAAUCAGGAACCUUAGAAUUCAAGAUCUUUAUGGUAACGUCACGGUCAGAACAGUUGAGUACCAUGGCACAACAGAGCUCCCUUGAGCCCAAGCGUUCUCUCAGCAACGGCGACCUCCGUACAACGGCUGACCGCACUUUAGGCAUGCGUAUUAAAGAUAUAGAGGCUGCAGCAAAGAGAAAGAGAGGCUUGAAGUUGGCUAAAAAAGAAUCACGUGCUGAUCACGCGACAGUGUAAUCUUUUAAACAACACCAUGUAAAACAGUGCCAGCAUAUUGUUUAGAUUAAUUCUCAGGUACAAGC